AUGGCAGAGGCGAGCGACGUCGCAGGGGUGUCGCAGGCGACGAGCGAGGGGAGUCGCAUAAAGGUGCUCUUCGUCGAGAUGGGCGUGGGAUACGAUCAGCACGGGCAGAAUGUGACCAAGGCGGCGGUGAAGGCGUGUCGAAAUGCCAUCACGUCCAACUCCAUCCCCGCCUUCCGCACAGGUGCCAUCCCAGGUGUGUCGUGGCAGCAGAUGAAGCUUCAGGUGCGCCUAGGCGUGCCUAGGGAGCUCCAGGCGGACCUGGAUAUUGACCAAGUCAAGGCCGUGUUCCCCUAUGGUGAAAUCAUUGGCGUUGAAGUGGUUGAUGGUGGCCUCAUCUGUUCAAGUGGGGUGGCGCUAGAAGCACUUGCCUACUCCAUCCGCUUCUGCAGAUUCACCGCGACUCUCUCAGCCAUGACUACACUCGCAGUUUCCACCUCUGCUGCAGCUAGCUCCGCAGCACUACGAGCGCGCAGCCUUCAGGCUACCCAUCGCCGCGCUCUCCCCAACCCGUCCCUCGUCGCCGUGCGCCUCCAAGCACACAGAGGCUCCUCGUCCCUCUCCUCACCUACCAACCGCAUCGCACCCACGCGCCUAGCCGUCCGCGCAGACUCCGUAAACCCCUCCACUUCCGAUCCUGCCACCUCUCCCGCACCUCCCGCCAGCCCCGGGUUCGGGCUCGGAGGCCCGGGCACGUGGUUCGGAUUCGGGUCGCUGCAGGAGCUCAGCGUGGGUCGCCUAGCGAUGGUCGGUUUCGCAAGCGCGCUCACAAUGGAAGUUUUAACAGGCAAGGGCGUGUUCGGUCAACUUGGCAUCGACCCCCUCGCGAUCCGCUUCCCGUUCCUCGCGGGACUCACGUUUCUGCUUCUAGGAGGUCUGCUGGGCGGCUGGGUGGUUAUCAACAACCCGCCGGAUGUUUCCAAGGCGCCGCCGAACGCGGGGGCGGGCGUGCCGCGCGAUCCGUUCAGCAAAAGCGAGCUGGACCCGCUUUUGACGUACACGCGCGGGGUGGAGGUGGAGGGGGAUGACGGCAAGCCCGUGGUUCUCCCCAUCGUUUCCGACCUGAAGCCGCUUGAUAAAUAA